AUGCAAAUUGACCUCUACACCGACAAUGAAGACGAAAUGCUGGCGGGGGAGAUAUACCAGCUUAUGUGCAGGGAGGGGAAUAUAUGUACUCUCUGCACUAACUUCACAUACCGUACGCACCUCAGCAGGGCACAAGACGCAGCAGCAAGGGAAGCCAUGAUGAACGGAGACGACACUGCUGAAAGCCAGUCGCCCGGGGCAAGCGUGGGCGCUAGAUUGCCCGAUCUUUACGCCGAAGAAUCGUCGGACGAGGAACCGGCAACACAACAAAUCGCAAACAAGCCCGCAGUAGUAUUCCUCAUCUUCACCAAGGAGGACAUGAAGUUGUCGGUUGAGAUGCUGCGGCAACGGAUAGUAACAACGGUCGAGCUAUUCCAAGUCUUGUAUCCCAAUGUUAGAAUGUUAGUAGUAAUGCAUGCCGUCAGGUUGUACGCUUUGCAUGGACAAAACUCCCCGGCCAACAGUCAGUCUCCCCAAAGAGACUCGCAGACGCCGCUCAUGCACAACCUUACGCUCGACGAUAUCAUAUGCUCGCUCAUGAUAGAGUACCAAGUGGACGUGGUGGAAGCUGAGGACGACGUUGAGCUGGCGAAGUUCAUCGUACAUGCCGCCUCGGCCGCGGAGCUCUGUGCGACACGUAGGGGCGCUUCGGGUUUCAGAGCCAAACCGCACCAGAAUUUGUCACAGGACACAUCUGUGGCUACGAAUACGUGGAUCACGCAACUUCAACAAAUACCCGAAGUAGGCCUGGAAGCGGCUACCGCCAUUGCAGAGAUUUACUCAACACCGGCUGAAGUUAUAGAAGCUAUAGAGAACUCGCCGGACGAUUUUAUAGAGUCGCUGCGCAGCAUAGGCUCUGGCACCCGUGGAUCCAAGAAAUUGGCCGUUGCAAUUGCCAAUAGGAUAGCCGCGCUCUUUUCACAAAAUGUAGAACCAAAUACGUUCGUGAUGGACGACUGCAACACACAGGAUUCCGUACAUGAAUCCAGGAAUUUUGAUUAG